AGAAGUCGUGGGAAAUAAUCUCGUCUUGAAGUGGUGAGAUCCUCGCCCUGUUUCAUCGCGUUUUCGCCCUCUCGAUAUCGACGUCUCGAGAUUAUAAUAUGGUUACGUGCCAUCUCUGUGCAACAAGAACAAUAUAUGGUUAGUCACGUGUCAUCUCUAUGCAACAGGAACAAUAUAAUGUUACCCGCCCAAACCGGUUAAUCUAGUUAGGAAUAUUCUAGUGGGUCUGGCUUUGAAGUGAAUCUAUCAGUUAAUGUAUAACUCUAGAAUACGAUGACAGGUCAAAACUGUUUGGAUGUAAUAUUGCUAAGUGAAUAGGUUAUAUUGCUAUAUACGAUUUCAACAGUUAAUGUGAAGCUCCAGAUAAAACUGAUAGGUUAAAAUUUCAAUACUGGCAACUGUGUAAGUUACAUUUAUUGCUAAAUAUGAACUAGCAUGUCAUAAUAGUUUGCGUAACGACCUAUAAUGAACAUAUAGACUGAUAUGUAUCGAGUGCGUUCAUCUGAAUUGAUAUAUUCUAGUUUGUAAAACAGAUCAACAAAUUGCUGUGGAUAAGUUUGUACACUUUUAAUAAAUAACUGUGAUAUAUAGCAGUGUAUAUUUAUAAUGUCACACUAUGGUCGGACCAGGUGAUGUGAUAGUUAUAUGGAUUGUUACAUUAUAUAAUAUUACCUGAUUAACAAACAUUACGGAACUAUUGGUCGUGCUGAGGCGUAAUGUCUAACAUUGAUAGUCCAAUUUCAAGGGUAUAUUAACAAAAUGGCUGAAGAAAGAAAUCAAGAUUGCGUUUUUUGUUUAGACGACUUUGUUGACCCCAAAAUACUUGACUGUCAACAUUCGUUCUGUUUGAAAUGUCUAGACGAUUAUAUCACAAGUUCUUCUGAAAACAACCAAUUUCAAUGUCCAGUGUGUCGUCGUCUUGUUCAAAUUCCCGCAGGUGGAGUCAACGAUUUUCCCUCACCAAAAGUUUCUCCGACAGAAAUUACAACUCAUAUGUGCCCUGCCCACAACGACAAGCCAGUUGGUUGUUUCUGUCAGGACUGUUUUCAAUCGGUGUGUUAUGUUUGUGCUUCUACCACCCAUAGAGGGCACAUAUUCUUAGACUUAGAGGAUACAUCAGAACCCGGACCUGAAGGACUAGACAUUAAUAAGGAUAGGUGUCCUAAACACAAACAUACCAUAAAGAAUUAUUAUUGCAAACAAUGCUCGGCACUGGUCUGUGCUGAUUGUUUUAUUGCUGACCAUAAUGGACAUCCAUUUGUAAAUCAAAAGGAACUAAGAGACAAUCUAAGAUGUUUAAAUGAAGAUUUAAAAAAUGAAGUAAGUAAAUUAGAAACUUACUAUGAGUCAUUAACGACCGGGGUUUCACAAACUGAAAAACUGGCUAAAGAAACCAGUGAUAGUAUUGAUCAACAGGUUAAAGAAAUAUGCCGCGAAGUUGAGAGACUGGGCGAGGCAAUGAAGACCAGGAUGUUGAAAGGUUUGGAUGAGGGUAAAACAAAAGUAGAUACACAAAAGAAGGACACUUCAGACUUUGUUGAACGUUUGAAAUUGAAUGUUAUCGAUAAUGAUAGGGUUUUACAGGAUAAAUAUGUUGGACCACUUUUAGUGCAAACCAACAAAUCUAGAACACAAAAGAAAGAAUGUAGUUCUAGAAAGUUGGACGUUUUAUCUUUACCUGGAGUCCUGUUUGAGGCUGGAAAUAUAAAUAAAGUCCAAUUAUCUAAAGCGAUAGGUAGAUUAUAUAUUAUAAAUACUGUAAGUGGUAGUUUUAAUGUAAAUAAGGUUCCAAUAUGGGGAUGGUUGAGUCCUAAGUGGUGUUAUAGUCCUGAGCAGACUAUUAAUGGUUUAAAAUCGUUUAUUAGAGUUUGUAGAGAUAGCUCAAUGUUAUAUGUUGAGUGGCAUAUAAAUCGCUAUCCCACAGGUAAUAUUCGUCAAGUAUCAUUUAAAUUGAUUAAUCAUAAAGACGAAAAAGCGACUAAGAUAGAAAAGAACAAACCUUUAGAAAAGAACAAACCUUUGAAAAACACCGAAGACUGGCGCAUAUUGACAAAUCCCAACAAUGGAUUCCUGAUUGAACAAAAUAACUUCAUCGUGCAGUAUGAAAUUGAACUGGAUACAGAAUAAACUUAUCUUACUCCAUUAUAUUACGUGUAUUGUUGCGCGUGUUGUAUAUAGUCGCUCAUAUGUUUAUAGGCACCGUAUGUUAAAGGACAAUAUUGGUGUCAGUCAUUAUCACAUAUUUGAUAGAACCGGUUAAACACAUUCCAAAUAUAUAAUUUUAACACGGAGAUCAUUGCUACGACAGGCGCGUAACGAAGAUUUGAAGACACGGAAGUGACGCAAAAAUGGAAAACAAGAGAUAGAAAGGACCCUCACAUUCCCUUGUUUUUAUUCAUUCUAUACUUAAUAAAAAAAGGUGGCAAUGCACGGGCUUUUCUACUUAUAAUUUCGUUUUUUCUUAAUUAGUGACAGUCAAUUCCUUUUAUGAAUUGUCAGAUAUCCUCUCACAGCCUCCCGUCUUCAUAAGCCCAGUAGGACGUUAAACCCCAUUUCAUUUCAUUUCCUCUCACAGCCUCGCAUAACAAAUUUUGGUCUUCGAAGGAAUUGUUAGUGAGAAGAAAUUCGAUCGUAUAUCUGUUAUCACCGGUUACUUCAGUCAGUUAUAUAGAAGAAUAACUCUUGUUUUCCAUUGUUUAUAUCACUUCCGUUUCUUCAAAUCUUCGUUACGCACCAUCGUAACAGAUCGCUGUGUUCAAAUUAUAUUUGGAACGUGUUUAACGAGUUCUAUCACAUAUGUGAUAAUGGCCGACAUUAGUAUUGUCCUUUAAGUCUUGUUUAGAUAAUUUAGCAUUUUACAAGGAGUAACAUAAGUAACUAUCUUUCCGCAAACUUGAUGUAAAAAUUUAUAAAGAAGUUUGUCUUUAUAAGAAUUAAAAGUUAAGUUUAUCCAGGGAAUCAUAUACAUGAAAUAUAAAUGAAAAACUCGUGGAAACAUAUUUGUCGGGGCUUAGAUGUUGUUGUCACAAACUAGUAUUGAAACAGGCAUGUGUCGGAAUCUUGACAGACACGAAGGACUAUGUUUAUAUUGUAGUAUGUGCUGUUAUAGUAGGUCCACUUUAUUCUAGACUUAGAGAUAUGAAACAGAAGCCCCAUGAUUAUAUUAAAACAUAUAUGGACCUAAUAAAUGUCACAACUAUUCAUUUAGCUCAGUGGUUCUCUACAUUUUUUUUGCCAACGGCACUCCUUGGAGCACAUGAAAAAAUAGCGGCACACCUGGCUAAAUAUAUAUAUGAGAAAUAUUUGAAUUUUGCACACAAAAAAACAACAAACAAACAUGGUAAGUCAGACGGAAUACAACCGAACACAAAGACUAGUCAUACACACAUAGAAUGACUCAAACUAAAAAAAGAAAAACACAGCUAUGAACGUACCAGUAGAUACCAGUGAAUACUCAAUUGGGAUCACGUGGGUUAUCACAUUUUCUUAGUGUGCGUUUCAAAAUUUCGCGGCACACUUAGGAAGAUCUCGCAGCACACUUGUGUGCCGCGGCACACUGGUUGAGAAUCGCUGAUUUAGCUCAAUAUGUUGACGAAUGUAUGAGAUCGAAGAAAAAUUAAAUUUAACUAUUUAUGUAGGGGUAUAGCAUAGUUUAUAUAUUUAAAUGAUUCACUAAUUAUUUUUAAUAUGUUACAGUAUAUAUAUACAUAUAUAAGAUUUACUAAUUAUUUUAAAUAUGUUCCAGUCUAUAUUUAUAAGAUUUACUAAUUAUUUUAAAUAUGUUACAGUCUAUUUAUAAGAUUUACUAAUUAUUUUAAAUAUUUUACAGUCUAUAUUUAUAAGAUUUACUAAUUAUUUUAAAUAUGUUACAGUCUAUAUUUAUAAGAUUUACUAAUUAUUUUAAAUAUGUUACAGUCUAUAAUAUACAUAUAUAAGAUUACUAAUUACUGUAUACAUGUAUAUGUUAUAGUUUAUAAUUUUAUAUCAAUUGAAAUGAAAUGAAAUGAAAUGGGGUUUAACGUCCUACUGUUCUGCUCCAACUGGCCUAAUGAACACGGACAUACGCCAUACAGUGUACUAUGAGGGAAAUGUUACAGUAUAUAUAUACAUAUAUAGGAUUUACUAAUUAUUUUAAAUAUGUUACAGUAUAUAUUUAUAAGAUUUACUAAUUAUUUUAAAUAUGUUACAUUAUAUAUUUAUAAGAU